AUGCCUUUCAAGGAAAAUCCAAACUGUUUAGGAGAAUCAAAGCAAAUUGCCGUUAAACGUUUGAAUUCGCUUUGGAAACGCUUAGAAAGGGAUCCUGGGUAUUCAAAGCUAUACAGAGAUUUCAUCCGAGAUUAUGAGCGUUUAAAUCACAUGGAGCUGGUUAAUGAGACUGUAGAACCGGACAUUAACUUUUAUUUGCCACACCACGGGGUGUAUCGUCCAGAAAAGACAAGUACAAAGUUGAGAGUUGUUUUUAACGCCUCACAACCUUCUUCUAAUGGAAAAUCUUUAAAUUCGUUGCAAUAUAAUGGCGGUGUCAUUCAAGAUGACAUAUUUUCCAUCAUGACAAGGUUUAGGAAACAUUAUGUGGUUUUCAUAACGGACAUUAAGCAAAUGCAUAGGAUGAUUCUUAUUGAUCCAAAUCAAAGAGAUUUGCAACGAAUUGUUUGGAAAGAAGGUAUAAAUGAGCCAAUUAAAGUUUACAACCUCUCUACAAUAACGUACGGGACGACUAGUGCGCCAUAUCUCGCCACACGGACGCUGAAACAAUUAGCGUUAGAUGAGGAGAAGGACUUUCGCAUAGCAGCGGAAGUCAUUAAGACAGAUACUUAUAUGGAUGACAUUGUUACAGGUUGUCCAGAUAUAGCUACGGCACGAGAAUUGCAACGCCAGUUGAAAGUCUUACUUCAACGUGGAGGUAUGAACUUACAUAAAUGGUCAGCAAACCAUGAAGAACUGUUGAGAGAUAUUUCAGAAGGUGCUGAAACCUACUCGUUUACAGAAGAUAGUGAAACCAAGACGUUAGGUAUUUUGUGGAACCAUAAGUGUGAUGAGUUUGCUUUUAAAGUUGCACUGGAAAAUUUGGAUAUUUAUACUAAACGUGCAGUUUUAUCCAAUAUUGCCAGAAUCUAUGAUUCGCUCGGUCUGAUUGGCCCUAUAAUCGUCAAAGCAAAGAUAUUCAUGCAAAAAUUGUGGCUUCUACAUAUCGGAUGGGAUGAGCCAUUGCCGGAUCAAGAAAGUAAGGAGUGGAAAAGCUUCGUUCAGUCAUUGUCAGCAAUACAGUGCAUUAAAGUUAAAAGAUGUAUCUUAAUCGAAGAUGCUGUAGACGUUCAACUAAAUGGAUUCGCUGAUGCUAGUGAAAAUGGGUAUGGAGCAGCGAUAUACGUGAAAUCUACUGCAGCUACAGGAGAAACAGCUACCCAUUUGUUGUGCAGCAAAUCAAAGGUUGCUCCUUUGAAAAGAAUCUCCAUUCCUCGACUUGAGCUUAAUGCAGCUGUGCUACUUGCUAAGUUACUUCAUAGAGUAAUGAAGUCCUUGCAAGUGAGUUUCUCUGAAGUUCAUCUGUGGUCAGACUCGACUAUUGUUCUGGCUUGGCUGAAAAGUGAUCCACACGUGUUAAAGACAUUCGUAGCCAAUCGCAUAGCUCUUCUACAAGAAUUGACAAAUGGAUUUCAGUGGCACCAUAUUCGUUCAGAAGACAAUCCCUCGGAUAUGGUCAGCAGAGGUCUUGAUCCGAGUAAACUUCUUGACAACAAACUGUGGUGGCAUGGACCAGACUUGCUAAACCAGGAACUCCUUCGCGACGAGGUUAUUGAUGAUCCUUUACAGCAACCAGUGUUUUGUGAUGAAUUUAAAACUCAGACUAAAACGAAAAACGUGACUGUGUCCUUAUUAGUGAAUUCACGUAAUUUCUGA